AUGAUGGACACAGAAUACGAGUUUGUCGAAAGAGAUCCUGUACAAAUUUACGUUUCGACAUCCUUACGUCCUGAAACAACUACAGAACGAAAAAUCUUCAAAAGUAUGACUGUCAAGCAACUGAAAAACAGGCUCGAAUUAUUGACAGGAGCUGAUCCUGACACCAUGCACCUGGAAUUGUACGACAGUCAGGUCGGUGACAAUGGUAAACUUUUGGCGAAUUUGGAGGAAGACGCUGCCAGUCUGAAUGCCUAUGAUGUCAAAACUGGGUGCAGGUUGCACAUUUUGGAUGAUUUUAUGAUUAAAUCAAGGCCUGUACCUAGGUACAGCCUGACUUGGGAGGAAUACGACCGCAAACCUGGUACUUUGAGAAGUUAUAUGAAAAGGAACAAGAUUGGUAAGUACGACUCCGAAGUCCAGAGGCGUAGACGAGACCGUCGUCUGGCAAAAAGACUCGAAGCAGAGCAAAGGGUUGCCCAUUUAAGAACAGGCCACAAAUGCAUUGUGGACGUCCCUGGAAAACCACUAAGAAAAGCCACCGUCAUGUACAGGGGCGAAGUCACUGGUUUGAGAGGAAAACUGAUCGGGGUCAAAUAUGAAGGACCAUUGGGUAAAAAUGAUGGUUCGUUUGCUGGACGAAGAUAUUUUACGUGUCCAGAACUUCAUGGUGCGUUUGUAGACCCUUGUUGUGUUCAAUUGGAAAAGCCUGAAAUCAGUUUCCAGAAUGAUGAUGAAAUUUGA